GAAAAAUCAAACCGGCGCGCUUUGUUUGGAAAACUUUAUUCACCGAAACACAAGUAAUUCUAUUCGUUAUGGCACCGGAACACAAAUCAAAUGCGUUCAUUUCACUGUACCUCGACACGGCGUACGAUUUGGAGAAGGAAAUCGAAAAUGCUACGAAGCUGCAAUGCAACUCUGUUACCGUUCCCAUUGUGCACCUGAACUUUGACCGAGAGUUUGUGCGAGAACCGUUGCGGACCAAACAUGGCCAAUUCACGCGGUCCGAUCUGCUGCUAUCCUCGUCUGAGUGGGUCAACAAAGUGAUCUGUCGCAUCGGUGAGAACGUCGAUUUGGACUCGCCGAUCGAUCACAUCCGGCAGCAGGCCGAGCGGACAGUGCUGCAGGAAAUAUCGUUCGCCGAACACCUGGUACAGAAUGGGUACCUCUACACGAGGCUUCGGGGAACGAAUUGUGCGAACCUUGCCCGCACGAUCGCCUGCGGGAUGACCAGAGGGUGGCUGCUGGUGGAGGUGCCUAUUACCAACCCGAAAUCCGCCCAAAACGGCUGGCGAAGGGACAUCACGGACGACGAUGUGCAGCCGGUAGAAGAUCCGUGGCACUGGUGGAACGCUUUUCGCACGUACGCUGACUUCAACCAGCAAGUGAAGGUAGCGCUGGAGUUGACCGUAGACGUUCCGACAAAGGACGAAAUCUACCGCUGGCAAGGUGAACCGAUCAAUGGCAUCGUACUGCCGGCAAACAUUUUCCUCACGAACGCCAACAACUACCCGGUACUCUCGAAGGCGCACCAGUCGAUCUUGGUAAUGCUUUACCGUAUCUUUCAGUGCAACAUUAUUCUGAAAGCUAACCCGGCCGAUGGACAUCUCGUACACUAUGUGGACUACAUCAGGCACAUCAUAAAACAAAACGAUGUCCGAGAUCCGUUGGAAGGGUUUGACGAUUUACUGGAGAUUCCCCUUCAACCUUUGUACGAUAAUUUGGAUAGUUUCACCUACGAAAUCUUCGAAAAGGAUCCGGUAAAGUACAUUUUCUACCAGAACGCCAUCGAACAGGCCCUGACCGAUCGGGUACCGGAAGAGGAGAAGGACACGCGAACGACGAUCAUCAUGGUAGUCGGCGGUGGACGUGGGCCACUCGUUCGGGCGGCUCUGAACGCCUCGGUUAAAGCAAACCGACGCGUAAAAGUCUACGUGAUAGAGAAGAACCCGAACGCCAUCGUAACGCUGACGGCUCACAUCAACGAGCUCUGGAAGGACCGUAAUGUGGAGCUUAUCUCGAAGGAUAUGCGAGAAUUCAAUCCGCCGGAGAAGGCCGACAUUCUCGUCUCGGAACUGCUCGGCUCGUUUGGUGACAAUGAGCUUUCACCGGAGUGUCUCGACGGGGCGCAAAAGCACCUAAAGGACAACGGUAUCAGUAUACCGUGUAAAUCAACCUCGUACAUCAAUCCGUGCUUCGCCUCGAAGGUUUACAACCAGGUGCGAACGCUCGAGCGCAACCCGCACUCGAAAGAUAGAACUGUUACAUCGCGCACCAUGGAGCAGACCUACGUGGCCUACCAGAAAAACGUGUACCACAUCGACAAUCCACAGCCGGUGUUCGAAUUUGUCCACCCGAACCGUGAUCCCGAUAUGAUCGAUAACAGCCGCUACCGUACCAUACACUUCAAGGCGUCGCUCGAUUGCGUGCUGAGCGGGUUCACCGGUUACUUCGAUACGGUGCUGUACAAAGACAUCAUGCUGAGCAUUCAUCCGUUUACGCACACGAAGGGACUGGCGUCAUGGUUUUCCAUGUUUAUCCCACUGACGGAGCCGGUGCAGGUGCGGGCGGGCGACGAGAUUGUGGUCAACUUUUGGCGCUGCGUCUCAUCGCACAAGGUUUGGUACGAGUGGAGCCUGAGUGCACCGGUCAAAACUCAUGUUCACAAUUUUAAUGGCAGAGGACACCCGAUCUGGCAGUAGAUAAGAAUCUUGCUUCAAUUACGUAACGGAACGGGUUUUGUUGGUGCUUCAAAGAAGUGACCAUUAUUCAUCUAUGAUUGUAAUAAAUAAUAACUUCAAUACUUAUCUCAACAAAUUGCAAUGGCUGUCAAAUAAGU